AUGUCUUCUCCCACUAGUGCUCUGGGUCCUUCGGCACAGCAGUCUGCAAAUGUGACCAUCUCCUCCUCACUCAAACUCACUCCCUUUCUCAAGAUAUUCCUCACUCUGAUGUAUUGGGAACCCUUCGUAUUCGAGAUGUUCUUUGGAUGUAUUGCCAUGAUUUGGCCAAAUUCUCGAUUCAUGUUAGGAUGUCUCAUGCCUCAACAUUUGGUUGAAUUAUUACUUGUUGAGGUUCCCAUAAUGACCUCACAACCACCACCAACCACCAACUUUGCAGAUAUGACCUUAACCACCAAUAAUGAUAUGAGAAAUUUGGUCUUCUUCUUUAUUCGAUUAACUGGAUUGUUGUUGUUUGCUUUUGGAUGUCUACACCAUUUAAUUUUGAGACAUUGCUAUAAGGAAAUGUCAUUCUCAAAUUUGGCUUACAUGGUAGAGAGAGUACCACUCUUCCAUUGGACCAUGUUGGGUUUGUGUAUUUGCAAUAUGCUCGAUAUUGGUUUGAGCUGGAAUUUUAUUCUUAAAGAUACGUUGAUUCCUGGUUUGAUGGCCGUUGAGGGUGAUGUGUUGGGAGUAAAAGUGAAGGUGUGGCCCAACCUCCAAGUGGUGGUAUUCACAUUGGUAUCUUUCAUCAUUUGUGCCAUGAGAAUUGGUUUUUUAUACGCCUAUUCUGGUAAAGCGUUUGGUAUUGGUAGUAGAUUGGUAAUGGAAAGACCUCAACAAGAGCAGCACAUACGACGAGUUCAUGUCGAGUAG